CUGUGCUUGUUGCUGCAUGCUGGACGGUUUUCACCUUUGAUCAUGACCCGCCUGUCGAUCAUUGCGCUGCUUGUACUGGUGACGUUCGUUGUGUCCGAUGCGUUCGUUUCUCCAAAAGCAAGAUGGGCCUCUGCAGCGAUCAACACCAACAGGCAUCAAGCCAGGUCACUUACCACACCGGUGGCGGCUCGGGUCCGUUCGACGACCGUAAGAACAGCCGCCACGUCUGAGGACGAUGACGCAACAACUCCAACAACAACACCCCCGGCAGAGCCUGCGAAGUCCGCCGUACCCGAAGACCUGGACUACUACAGCGGCCUGAUAGGGGAGCAGCCCGGGGCGGACAAGGCGCCGGCGAGCGGGAAGGAGGAAGCGGUAACGACCAGCGACUACCCGAUCCCGUUGCCGUCGUACCUCCUGCUGGUGCUGGCCACGGUGGUGUCGAUUGCCUUCACCGGGAGCAUCUUCGAGGUAACCGGCGGCCAUCCGGAGCUCGGGUAUACCGCGACCUACAUCAUCGGCACGCUCUCGCUCCCGACGUUCAUCUUCUUGUUUUACGCGGCGAUCAAGAAGGGCAAGGCCGAAGUGGAAGAAGACGACGCCAAGUUCGGAAAAGGCCGGUGGUAAAGCUUCCGUCAAUCUCCUCGGACAUUAUGCACUGAAGUUGAAGGUUGCUGAGGUCAAGACUCCACCUCUGGGCUGUUCUUUCCCGAUUCUUGUAAAGCUGUUCUUGUUUUGGUUUUCAGUGGUUCAAUUGCGUGGGAAGAUGCACCUACACAAGUCUGGCGAUAUCUUCAUGGGGGAAAUAUUAAGUUUGCCAAGUCAGCGCCAGGAGGUUUUCUCCGCAGUCAUGUUUACUUGUUUCAUCGGUAGAGGGGCGUUAGUUGGCGCUCAAGCAGCAGCGGUUACGUCGCACCGCGUUGUGAUAGCCGCGUCGUGGGUCUGCCGUAGGUAGGCGCGGUCGUGUCUUUGACAACGGUCCUUAAACGAGUACGCCGUUGCUGCUGGUACGGCGUGCGUUGCAUUCGACCACGUAAAUGUGCCUACGCGUUUCUUCAACUUCCAUCGACCGCCCCAACCGACUGGUCUAAUCAAGAUAGUGGUGUUUCUCAAUCACGGAGCCGCGGAGGAGACUGGACAUUCAAUAGGGCCCAGCGGCCGGACAUAGAAGUAACAUGUGUUCGAAGCUCAUUGUCCGAACACGUUUGUGUGUGCGUGUUGUUCGUGCGUGUCGGGUAGAGGAGCAGGAAUAGUCCUUACGCUCGGGGAUAGAGGAAGGAAGGUACAAGAUCUUGCUGUGCUCUGGGAGAAGUAAGGUUGCCUGAAGUCACUUCAAUUU